CAGCGGCGGCGCGGGGGGCGGCGGCUGCCUGAGGAGGCGCGGGCGGCGGCGGCGGCGGCGGCGGAGGCCGAGGCGGAGCCUGGAGAGGUGUGGCUGGACCAAGACCUCCCCUGAUGUAAGCAGGCUCCCUCCUCCCCCCACCACCCGUUGCCACCACGCCAGGGGACAUCCUCAAGCCCUGGCCCUUAGGGGAGAGGUAACAGGAGCCCAGAGCCGAGACCAUGUGACGGCGCUGGCCCUUGCCACCGCCGUCCCCCAACCCUGGCCCCAGGCCUGGCACCAUGAUGUUCCGAGACCAAGUAGGCAUCCUCGCUAGCUGGUUCAAGGGCUGGAAUGAGUGUGAGCAAACAGUGGCUCUGCUGUCGCUUCUGAAGCGGGUCACCCGUACCCAAGCCCGCUUUCUGCAGCUCUGUCUGGAGCACUCGCUGGCGGACUGCAAUGAUAUCCACCUGCUGGAGUCAGAGGCCAACAGUGCUGCCAUCGUCAGCCAGUGGCAGCAGGAGUCCAAAGAGAAGGUGGUGUCCCUCUUGCUAUCCCAUCUGCCCCUGCUCCAGCCAGGCAACACAGAGGCCAAGUCAGAGUACAUGAGACUGCUGCAGAAGGUGCUGGCCUACUCCAUCGAGAGCAAUGCCUUCAUUGAGGAGAGCCGCCAACUCCUCUCCUAUGCCCUCAUCCACCCAGCCACUACGCUGGAGGACCGCAAUGCGCUCGCCCUCUGGCUGAGCCACCUGGAAGAGCGGCUGGCUAGUGGUUUCCGCACCCGGCCAGAGCCCUCCUACCAUUCACGCCAGGGCUCAGAUGAGUGGGGGGCACCUGCAGAGCUGGCCCCUGGAGAGGCAGGAUCAGGCUGGCAGGACAAGCCACCCCGGGAAAAUGGACAUGUACCCUUUCACCCAUCCAGCUCAGUGCCGCCGGCCAUCAACAGUAUUGGGAGCAAUGCAAACACAGGUCUCCCCUGCCAAAUCCACCCUAGCCCACUGAAGCGCUCCAUGUCACUCAUCCCUACAAGCCCCCAGGCCCCUGGUGAGUGGCCGAGUCCAGAGGAGCUUGGGGCCCGGGCUGCUUUCACCACGCCCGACCACGCACCCCUUUCGCCACAGAGCAGUGUGGCCUCCUCUGGCAGUGAGCAGACGGAGGAGCAGGGCUCCAGCCGGAACACUUUCCAAGAGGAUGGAAGCGGGAUGAAAGACGUGCCCUCAUGGCUCAAGAGCCUCCGCUUGCACAAGUAUGCUGCUUUGUUCUCACAGAUGAGCUACGAAGAGAUGAUGACCCUAACAGAGCAGCACCUUGAGUCGCAGAACGUCACCAAAGGUGCCCGGCACAAGAUAGCCCUGAGCAUCCAGAAGCUUCGUGAGAGACAGAGUGUCCUCAAGUCCCUAGAGAAGGAUGUGCUGGAAGGUGGCAAUCUGCGGAACGCUCUGCAGGAGCUACAGCAGAUCAUCAUCACCCCUAUCAAGGCCUACAGUGUCCUUCAGGCCACCCCUACUGCCAAGGAUGGGGGUCGGGGGGAGCCGCUACUGCUAGGUGCUGAGCCUCCCCUCACCCACCCUGGAACAGACAAGGGCACUGAGGUCAAGGACCCUCCAGCUGCAGAGAACUAUCCUCCUCCACCAGCUCCAGCUCCCUCUGAUAGCAGUGAGCCAGCCCCAGCUCCCGUCGCCGACGGAGACAUCCCCAGCCAGUUUACACGGGUGAUGGGCAAAGUAUGCACCCAGCUGCUGGUGUCCCGACCAGACGAGGAGAACAUCACCAGUUACCUCCAGCUCAUCGAAAAGUGCCUGACUCACGAGGCUUUCACAGAGACACAGAAGAAGCGGCUGCUGUCCUGGAAGCAGCAAGUGCUGAAACUCCUCCGGACAUUUCCACGCAAAGCUGCGUUGGACAUGCAGAACUACCGGCAGCAGAAGGGCUGGGCAUUUGGCUCCAACUCGCUCCCCAUAGCUGGCUCUGUGGGGAUGGGUGUGGCCCGGCGGACCCAGCGGCAGUUCCCAAUGCCUCCUCGGGCCCUCCCACCUGGCAGGAUGGGCCUCCUGAGCCCUUCAGGCAUUGGGGGUGUCUCUCCUCGACAUGCCCUUACCAGCCCCAGUCUUGGGGGUCAGGGCCGACAGAACCUGUGGUUUGCCAACCCUGGAGGCAGUAACAGCAUGCCCAGCCAGAGCCGCAGCUCUGUGCAGCGCACGCACUCACUCCCAGUCCACUCGUCACCCCAGGCUAUUCUCAUGUUCCCUCCAGACUGCCCGGUACCUGGGCCUGACCUGGAGAUCAAUCCCACCCUGGAGUCUCUGUGUCUGAGCAUGACAGAACACGCCUUGGGUGAUGGGACAGACAAAACCUCCACCAUCUGACGGGACCCACAGCCCAGCGCACCCAUAGGCUCCCUGGGCGGCGGGCGGGGGCCAUCCCCCAACAGGCUUCUUCUCGGCAGCGAGAGGGUGGGCUGGCGCAGCUAUACAUUCUGAUAUUUUUCUACUCAUCCUCUUUAACUUUUGUUUAACAUUGGCACACGCCUUGCUCACUCCCAGGCCCAUUGAGGGAUCUCAGCUGAGGCCGGGGGUCAGAGAGGGCAGCCAGGGGCAAGGACUGGCGAGACUGCCUACCCCUUCCCUCCCAAAUCCUGUGUUGGUCCCAUCCCACCCCUGCCUCCUCUAGACUGCUGACCCCUGUCCUUCCCCAAGAGAGCAGACUUCCGUAGACACUGACCACCACCGUGUGCAGCCUUGCCCUUCAGAAACAUGGCAGUGAGGGAAGGAGUGUGGACAGCCUGCUCACCAGUAUGUCACUGGUUCCUACCAUUCCCCAGGACAGUCACCACCUUCCUCCCCCUCUUUUUGCCCUGUUUAUCAGAGGUUCUCUACAAUUAAUUUCUUAGGCCUAUUUAAGAUACAUAUUUAUAUAGUUCUUAACGGUUUUUCUCUGAUCAUUCCCUGUCAUUUUUAGAAUCCCCAGGCCUCUCUCUGAGCCGGGACAGUGGCAGGGGGAGCCUGAACUUUAUGAGAGGAGAGGGCAGAGCCCCCUCCUCCAGACCCCCUCGCCCUUCCCCAUCCCAGCCCUGGCUCCUAGAUGCAGAGGUUGAAGGUGGGCAGCCCCAGGCCCACAGUGAGGUCAGGAAGUCUGUUGCCUUAAUGUCCCCUUCCCCCACCAACAUAAUCCUUCUCUGCUCCCCGGGUCUUUUGGCAAAAGACUUGUGGGUAGGAAUCAGGGAAAGGGGAUUGUUGGGUUUCUGUUUUCCUGCCUAUCCCCUCUUUCUGUCAACCUUCCCCCACCCCCAUUAUGUCAUGACCUCAUAUAAGUGGAACACUAUAUCAUAACUCAGAGGUGCAGCCCAGCCUGAGUCACACAAACCCUCUGCUCCCUAUUACUGAUGAGGGCUGGUGCUGGGGCCCAGGUGAAGGGAGGGAAUUUGGGGGUUCAGGCUGUGGGGAAGCCAGGGUCCCCUACUCCAAACUCCUCUUUCCCCCUAAACCUACACCCUCAUUGGGACAUUCUCAAGCUUUUCACACGAAAAGGAAAAAAAAUGUUAUUUUUAGAUACAUUUUAUGAAUAACUUUUGUUAUGAAUAUG